AUUAUUGUCAUAUGCAUUUAUCUUCACUCUGAUGAGGGCUCAGACGUGAUAACACCUGUGGUUCCCCAUCCUGGUAGGAGCUGGCGUGACAGCUGCUGGCUGCCUCCUCUCCAUUCGCCAGGGCUAUUGGAUUUCCCACCCAGACUCUUUAGGCAAAUGAGAUCAUGAUUCUGGAAGGAAGUGGUGUAAUGAAUCUCAACCCCAGCAGCAGCCUCCUUCACCAGCAGCCGGCCUGGACAGACAGCUACCCCACAUGCAAUGUUUCCAACGGGUUCUUUGGAGGCCAGUGGCAUGAAAUCCACCCCCAGUACUGGACCAAGUAUCAGGUGUGGGAAUGGCUGCAGCAUCUCCUGGACACCAACCAGCUGGACGCCAGCUGCAUCCCUUUCCAGGAGUUCGACAUCAAUGGCGAGCACCUGUGCAGCAUGAGCCUGCAGGAGUUCACAAGAGCGGCGGGCACGGCGGGGCAGCUGCUCUACAGCAGCUUGCAGCAUCUCAAGUGGAAUGGCCAGUGCAGCAGCGACCUGUUCCAGUCCACACACAAUGUCAUUGUCAAGACUGAACAAAACGACCCCUCCAUCAUGAACACCUGGAAAGAAGAAAACUAUUUAUAUGACACCACCUAUGGUAGCACAGUAGAUUUGUUGGACAGCAAAACUUUCUGCCGGGCCCAGAUCUCCAUGACAACCACUGGUCACCUUCCUAUUGAGUCACCUGAUAUGAAAAAAGAGCCAGACCACCCUACGAAGUCCCACACCAAAAAGCACAACCCAAGAGGGACUCAUUUGUGGGAAUUUAUCCGUGAUAUCCUCCUGAAUCCAGACAAGAACCCAGGGUUAAUCAAGUGGGAAGACCGGUCUGAAGGCAUCUUCAGGUUCCUGAAAUCAGAAGCUGUGGCUCAGCUAUGGGGAAAAAAGAAAAACAACAGUAGUAUGACGUAUGAAAAGCUCAGCCGGGCCAUGAGAUAUUACUACAAAAGAGAAAUUCUGGAACGGGUGGAUGGACGCAGGCUGGUAUACAAAUUUGGGAAGAAUGCUCGUGGGUGGAGAGAAAAUGAAAACUGAAGCUGCCACCCCUUGGUACACAAACCAAAACACAUACCAAAUAAUUAAUAACCAGCAGAGAACUCCUGGACGUAAAUAUUUCAAAGACUACUUUUCUCUGAUAUUUAUGUACCAUGGGGGAGAAAAAUCUACUUCUAGUGGCAAGAAGGAACACUACAGUUGAUGAAAUUUUUUUUUGUUACUUUGAAGUAUGUCCUAUAUGGGGAACAAAUGUACACAGUUUUCUGUGAAAUAUGAUGCUGUAUGUGAUCAUGCUUUGCUUGUGCCUCUGUUGUGAAGGUUUUUUUUUUUCCCACCACAAGAGUAACAGGGCUUGUUGCCUUGUGCUUCUUGCUAAGAGAAAGGAAAAAAAAAAUUUAGAGGGCAUUACAUGUUUUCCUAUGCAAAAUGAUUUAGGAAAAGACAAUGUAUCCUUCGCACAUAAACACCCAUAGGACCUCACUGAGAGAGGGGACAUGGUUGUUGGAAUGAAAUUCAGGGUUUCAGAUUUGUUGGGAUAAACCAGAGGGGUGCUGGAAAGUUUAACCUGACAUUUAGGAGCCAUUGAGUGGAGUAUGGGAAUUUCCAGAAUCCAGGGUGGGCUGUAAUCAGUGCAUAAUCACAUGACUUGGAAUGUUGAAAUCAGUGAGAAGAAUAAUGGUGAGGGGCUUUCUAUUUAUUCAGGAAUGAUUUAUCUGUUCUUCCUUUCUCCUAGAAUAGUUGGUGAAAAAACUUGGGUGGGGGAGACGGGGAGGAAGAACAGAAAACCAGGGAAAACCCUCUUCGCAUGAGUUAAUUAUUACAGUCUUCUGUCUUCGAGCAAUCUCUGUCUCAUCUGAACUCAUCUCAAAGUGAAUGGUUUAUUGCCGAGACUUGCAUUCAGAGGAAUGUUUAAAAACAAGAAAGAAAGAAAAGGCAGGGAGGAUGGGAGAGACAAACAGAAGAGUCAGCUCGGAAGUGAGGCGUUGGAAGCUUCUUCCCUGCUUCUGGGAAGAAGAAGCUACUGGGAUAGUUCUGGAAUACCUGGUGACUCAUUGCAUCAUGAAAUUCAGGAUGGAAAUCUGUAGACAAUUUGGACACUGACCAUCCAGAUCCCUUGUGCAACUUUGCUUUUUGGCUUCCUCAUGCUGUUGACUUCCUCCUUCAUCCUGCCUCUCUUUCUUCAGCAACUCUAUGGUUAAUAGGAAAGAGAACCCUUCAUCUGCCAGUAGAGCCCCUACCACUGCGUCUUACCCUGUGAAGGUGAGCAGUUCAUACUCACUGGUUGCUAAGUAUGUAUAUGUAUUUAGACAAAUGGAAGUAAGAAAAAGUAAGAAGUCAUUCCACUUAUAAUGAGGACUACCAUGGGUAGUGAUCUUGGAGCAUGCGUGAUCUACCUUCUGAAAGUAUAGCCAGAUUCACUUCAUUUCUGCCUGGUUGGUGAACCUCACACAGCUUUUAUUAACAAGUAACAAUUAUUGAUGGAACUGAGAAUAAUAACACUGAACAGCAAAGAUGGACUACGCCACUCAUUAUGCCUGUAUGAAGACACCUUUCUUUCCAAAGUUAAAAUAUGUGUAGGCCUUCCCACAAUUUGGCGAUGUGUGUAACACGUGUGUCCGAACUGUGUGAAGUUAUUAGAGGCGUCUGCCAAUUCUCUGCCGUUCUUUCCCUGGUUUUGCCUGUUUACCAUCACUACUAGCUGAAUCUUCCCUGCGCUCACCCUUCCUCAAGCCUAGGAGCUCCUCACCCUCCUGCUAAUGGGCUUUGUCUCUCUCUCUGCAACGUUUUCUUUGAGGAACAGUCUUUGCUAGGCAGUAGGUGAGUCUGUGAAGGACUAAAGAGAACAGUUCUGCAGAUAAGCAGCAAGUUGUGUUAUUUGUUGAAAGUGACAGUUCCUUGGCACCUGGCACCUAUUUAAAUAGGCUGCGGUGUUAAGUUCUCAGCGUAUCUCUCUGUUGUCUUGGCUUGACUUUGCUGCAUUUUCUAUGUGCUAUUCGUGACUUGGAGAGCUCAAGGUAAUCGAGCCAUGCCAACCUGGGCUGUGAACAGAGUACUUCCUACUAGUGUUGAAAGGACAUACAAAGGCCUACUGAGGAACAUCCCCUUUGUUAUGGGUACACAGCUCCUUGCUUGAGAAGCUCAUCCACAAUGGAUGUCCACCUUGUCACUAAACAUAGUCUCCUAGAACCUCCUUAAAUCAAAGACUCUUUCUCCUUUCUUAGCAAAUUAUAGGAAACUAAGUCACACAAUGUACUGCUGAGUCUUCAGAAGAUUUAGAUCAUGUGGGGCUUUGUCUUGAUAAAACCUGAGCAAGGUCCUGGCUCUCAGAACACAGUUUCUUGAAAGUGUCACCCGAGUGGGGCAGACCCAAGUUAUGAGUUUUCCUUUGAACACACUGAUCCUUCCUAAAUGUUCUUGUCUCACUAGAUUGUAAGCUCUUUGAUGGCAGAGAUGAUGUCGUGAGCACUAUUGUUUUUCUGGUACCAGGCAUGAUGCAGGUACACAGUAAAUAUUUGUUGAAUUAAUGAGUGACUGCCUUCUGGAAGACGUCUCUGGUUGGGAGGCCAGAUCUAUAAUUGGAACAUGAAUCAUUUCUUCACUGGAAUAAGAGCACCAUAGCCAAAUCUUCUGGGACAUAUUAUCUAUUAUGAACAUUUUACUGUGAGACUUUUUUACUUCACCUUCCCACCAGCGCUGAACCAAAACCCAAACAGGCUGUUUGGUUUCACAAGUCAGCGUGUGUUGGAGGAGAAUUCUGUUAACUUACUUGGAACUGUGAGACUUCUCUGGUACAAGGCACCAGUAAUUAACCCCUUGACACCAAUGAAGAUUAUGAAUGUGUUUAUAUGAUGUAAAUUGCUAUUUAAGCACAAAAGAGUUGUAAGUUUUAGCCUUUUGGGGUUGGUUUUUAUUUUAUUUUAUUUUUCUUUCUGAGGGAUUUUUUGAUAAGGUUAGUAACGCAUGUUAGAUUUUAGUUUUGCAAGUGUGUUAUUUUUCAGAUGUGUAAAAUAUAAGAAAAGGUAAGGCAAUAAGAGGGACACAUCAUUAUAUUAUUCUAUAGUUUUUUAAAAAAAAAAAUUUGGUGAGUGCCUACCAUGUGCACAGCAUGGAACCAUAUACAUGAGGAGCUUGUCUAAUUAUGUAGAGUGUAGCAGAUCUUUCAUGUGUACUUACCGGAUGGGAGAAUAUCACAGUACUCACAAUAUCAGAACAAAUCUACCCUCAGCUUUGGUUUUCAGGAUUUGGUUUCUGGAAUAAGACAGCAUUGAAAGAAAAAAAAAAUGUUGAGACUUUGUCUUAUAAACC